UAGAUCGUUUACUUUCCCUGAAGUUUUCAGAGAGAAGAAAAACAUCAAAAGUAUUUCCCGGAAAAUUUUAAUUUGCUAUAAUCUCUCAUUUUCUCGGGAAAAAUGUUCCCUCUCCGUUUACAAAUUCUCUUCUGAGAUAAGAAGUUUCCAUAACCACAGCUUCUGAAUUUUUCUUUCACUUUCUAGUAUACACAUUCUUCAAAUUCUUCUCUUGUUAAAACUUUUCCCGCUUCUCUCAUUCCCGAUCUGAUUUUACCUCCGAGAGAAUCGACCUGAAUUAUGCAGAAGAUGAGUUAACAUUUUAGGUCCGAUCAACUUCAGAGUUCAAAAUUUGAAACCACAAAUUCGUCAAUCGUCAUCGUUUUCCGUCUCUUUCCCGGUGAAAUUUUCUGUCAAUUAAGCCAACGAGAAAAUUUUCAGAAGUGCAGUACAAACAAAAUGCAGAGAGUGAGCUUUGAAGUGUCAGGCUAUAACUCAGACGCCGACGCCGGAAGCAGCGGUUACAUGAGCGGUCCAAUGAGCGGCCAAUUACCACCGAUCUACAAAAAACCAGCGAUGAAGAACUCGGCGGAGAACAGCCAGAGAACGCGUACGGCGGCGGCGCCAUACGUGGACCUCACGGUAGAUAUUCAAGACGAGAGAGUGUCUGUAAACAGUUUGAAAUCGCCGGGGUCAGAAGGUGGAGCAAGCAUCGAAGAGAACCCGGAGCUCACGCUGCUGAAACAGAACCGCCUCGAGAAGAAAACCACGGUGGUGAAGCGUCUGGCCUCUGUUUCUCACGAGCUCAAGCGUCUUACUUCGGUCUCUGGCGGUACGAGAAAGGCCGGUCGAGGUCAGGCUAAGUUAGACCGGACGAAAUCCGCAGCCGCUCAAGCUUUGAAAGGACUUAAGUUUAUUAGCAAAACCGACGGUGGCGCUGGCUGGUCCGCUGUCGAGAAGCGGUUUAAUCAGAUCACGGCCACGACCGGUGGACUACUGAUUCGAACAAAAUUCGGUGAAUGCAUAGGGAUGAACUCGAAAGAGUUUGCGUUGGAACUGUUCGACGCAUUGGCUAGAAGAAGGAAUAUAACAGGGGAAGUGAUCGAUGGAGAUCAACUAAAAGAGUUCUGGGAACAAAUCAAUGAUCAAAGUUUUGAUUCUCGGCUUAAGACAUUCUUUGACAUGGUGGAUAAAGAUGCAGAUGGUAGACUUACAGAAGACGAAGUUAGAGAGAUUAUAAGUCUUAGUGCUUCUGCAAACAAUCUCAACACAAUCCAGAAGAGAGCAGAUGAGUAUGCAGCACUGAUCAUGGAAGAGCUGGACCCAGAUAAUAUAGGAUAUAUCAUGUUGGAGAGUCUUGAGACACUUCUUCUGCAAGCUGCAUCACAGUCUGUAAUAACAAGUACUGGGGAGAGAAAGAACCUGAGCCAUAUGAUGAGUCAGAGGCUUAAGCCAACGUUUAACCGCAACCCAUUGAAGCGAUGGUACCGUGGAUUCAGAUUCUUUGUGCUAGACAAUUGGCAAAGAUGUUGGGUUAUAGCGCUUUGGCUCACGGUUAUGGCCAUACUCUUCGUAUACAAAUACAUACAAUACAGACGUAGCCCUGUGUAUUCGGUGAUGGGAGAUUGUGUGUGUAUGGCUAAAGGUGCAGCAGAAACAGUAAAGCUGAACAUGGCUUUGAUUCUCCUACCUGUUUGCAGAAACACCAUCACAUGGCUUAGGAAUAAGACCAGGUUGGGUCGUGUUGUCCCAUUUGAUGACAAUCUUAACUUCCACAAGAGCUACUGGCAUUUUGUAAACUCGGUGGAAGGUAUAACCGGACUCGGAAUGGUUCUGUUGAUGGCUAUUGCAUUCACACUAGCCACUCCUUGGUUCAGAAGAGGGAAGCUAAAACUUCCAGGCCCAUUAAAGCAGCUAGCUAGCUUCAAUGCCUUUUGGUACACUCAUCAUUUGUUCGUCAUAGUCUACAUUCUUCUUGUUGCUCAUGGAUACUACUUGUAUAUCACCAAAGACUGGCGCGGCAAAACGACCUGGAUGUAUUUGGUGGUACCAGUGGUUCUAUACGCGUGCGAAAGGUUGAUUCGAGCAUUCAGGUCGAGCAUCAAGGCGGUGACUAUUAGGAAAGUAGCGGUUUAUCCUGGAAACGUAUUGGCAUUGCAUUUGUCAAGGCCUCAAAAUUUCAAAUACAAGAGUGGUCAAUACAUGUUUGUUAAUUGUGCUGCUGUAUCUCCAUUCGAAUGGCAUCCAUUUUCAAUUACAUCAGCACCACAAGAUGAUUACCUAAGUGUUCACAUUAGAGUUCUUGGAGAUUGGACACGAGCUCUUAAAGGAGUCUUCUCUGAGGUGUGUAAGCCACCUCCAGCAGGAGUUAGUGGUCUGCUUAGAGCCGACAUGAUGCAUGGUGCAAACAAUCCCGACUUCCCGAAAGUCUUGAUCGAUGGUCCGUACGGUGCACCAGCACAAGACUACAAAAAGUACGAGGUGGUUCUACUGGUUGGUCUCGGAAUCGGAGCCACACCAAUGAUCAGUAUCGUCAAAGACAUUGUCAACAACAUCAGGGCCAAGGAACAAGCCCAACUCAACCGAAUGGAGCACGGGACAAGCGCACCACAACCAAGAAACAAGAAAGAGAGUUUCAGGACGCGUAGGGCUUACUUCUACUGGGUGACGCGUGAGCAAGGCUCUUUCGAUUGGUUCAAGAACAUAAUGAACGAGGUCGCGGAACGAGAUACUAACCGUGUCAUCGAGCUCCAUAACUAUUGUACAAGCGUCUAUGAAGAAGGAGUGUUCUACUGUGGAGCACCAGCAUUGACAAAGGAGCUAAGGCAUUUAGCUUUAGAUUUCACCCACAAGACAAGCACCAGAUUCUCCUUCCACAAAGAGAACUUCUAAAGGAUACACAGAGUUAAAAGGCAUAAUUAAACAACAACAAAAACACAAAGAAGCAUCAGAUGUUUAUCGUAUUUACUUCCCUUAAUUAUAUAUGUAUACUUUAUGUGCACUCUCUUGACUGUAGAUUUCCUUUUAUCCUUUUUGGUCGUAUGUUUUAGUUGUUUUUUCUUUGGAAAGUGUAACUUUGAUUGUCAACGAAAGCAGUGCAAAAAGAAGCAAAGGCUUUACAAGUGGAAAGAAUUGCGAGACUGUAUACAAAGGACAUAU